AGUGAGGUAGUGGUAGAGUGGGGGAUUCAUCUUAUUGAACCAAACAAAGAGAUUGAUGCUCCUCUGGCCAUCAGUGCAUAUUUCUACACACUUUUGCAUGACCUGAUUUGUUGAUGUAUUUGGGUGUGUGACUGAAUUGCAUGUCUAUAAAUAGAUUCCAGAAUAUAUAUUUUUAUAUUUAUUUGAUCAAAAUAUUUACUUUCUACCCCUAAAAAAUUGAACAUUCAUUGUAAAUGCAUAUCAAAGACGUAUAUACGCCAUGGGCCCUUCAAAUGGACGAGCAUUCCUUUCCUUCAACAUUGUGCAAAAUAAAUCCUUUUAUCUCUCGCUCUCUUUCUUCCUCAGAGUAGGGAGGUAGGCUAAUUUGGCCUAACCAAAUUUCGUAAUUUGUUUAAAGAAUUAUUUUAGCAUGCAAAUUCAUGUUAAUCGAUGUUUCCUUCCUCUCGGUCUGAGAGACUGGCUGGUCUGAAGAGAGGAGGGGCAUAGAGAGCGUGCUCUUAUAAACCUUCAACUGCAUAUCUUCCUCAAUCGAUAAACACCGUGAUGCUAGUCUACUGGUGUAAACAGGGGUACGCUUCAUUAUGCUUCUCGAUAUUGGCCGGAAAUUAAACGUGUUGAUGAAACGUUUUGGACGUUUGGUUCCAUACUGAAUUCGAAAGCAAAAUUGGGAUUCAACAGCAAAGAAAAGGUUGGAGAAGUUUACGUCUAAGGCGAAUAGAAGAAGAGGACGCAUCGGAUUCUGCAACAGCAAAGGACUGUUUGUUAUUUACUUCAGUGUCCUUUUCAGGAUGUUAUUAACUUCCUUCAUCAGAGUGUCUUCUUCUCUCCCCGUGUUCUAGAAUAAGGAAGGACGUAUUGUUAAUGUGAAUGCCUGUCUCUACGGUAGAGAGAGAUUAAACCCAAGGAGGAAGAAACAGUGAAGCUUGUAUUGCGCUCCGCCUUUCCCGCGUGCUGAACUGAACCAUGCAGCAUCCCUUGGACUUGGGGGCUCACUAUUAUCCCCCGGAGGUUCACCCCGACCACCGCUCCCACUCACACCGCUACCGAAGCUUUAUGAUCGAAGAGAUUCUCACCGACCACCCGGACCAUAAGGUGUCUACCCCGGCAGGGGAGCUGCUCAAAUUCGGAGUACAAGCUCUGCUCUCGGCGCGGCCAUACCACAAUCACCUGGUUUUGAAGGCAGACCAAUCGGGUAUCCUGAAGUUCCCGAUGUCGCCACUCUCCUGCUCACUGGGAUCACCGUUAGGCUCCGCUCUUCUAUCCGGGGCUCCGGGGCUCCACGGCGGCUCAGCUUCCCACCAUCUCCCGUUGGACCUCCACCUCCGGAGCAAGCUGGAGCACGGCGGAGACGGCAACAGCAAGAUCAAGAAAGGCCGCCGGAGCAGGACGGUCUUCACUGAGCUACAGCUAAUGGGCUUGGAGAAAAGAUUUGAGAAACAGAAGUACCUUUCAACACCAGACAGAAUAGAUCUGGCUGAGUCUCUGGAUCUGAGUCAACUACAAGUCAAGACCUGGUACCAGAACAGACGAAUGAAAUGGAAGAAAAUAGUCCUACAAGGAGGAGGAUUGGAAUCUCCAACCAAACCAAAAGGCCGUCCUAAGAAGAAUUCCAUCCCGUCGAGCGAGCAGCUUUCGGAGCAGGAGAGGUCUGGAGACGUCGACCGUCAAUCGGACGGUUCCACCUCGUCACAUUCAGACACUAACCAAGAGGAAUAAUAAUGUUGGUGCUCCGACUAACUGACAACUCUCUGAAGACGUUCACCAGACGUUCAUACAGCCUCUGGGAUGCGUAAUGGUGGUCGACGGUUGAAUCGAAGUGCCUUGCCCUUGACUUCGAUAUUUUUGGCACUUAUAUAGAGAGACUGAUGUUGGCCUCCCGUAGGAGAGGCGGAACUCUAUUUUUAUUACUAGUAUCGUCCUCCAGACACUUCCUCCUUGGGACGAGGUUACUUUUUUUAUGCUAUUGUCACAUCUUCUUUCGUAAUCAAUGUGUUGUCAAUACCUAUGCUUCCAUCCGCGUCACGCCGAACUAACCGUUAUGGAGCGGUUGCGGAGGGAGGGAGGGAGGGAGGGACACACAUCGAGCAGUAGGUGCACUCUUUCAUUGCCUCCGUUCAAAUGACCCACUUUACCAAUACGUCUUCUGUUCUGCUUUUGUUUAGCAUAUUUACAUGUUUUAUUAGGCUGUUUUUAUUAUAAGGACAUUUUUGGAUGUAAUUAAAUAUUUUUUCACUUACACUUAAUCGUUCUUUUAUUUUUUUUAUAUUGAAAGGAAAUUAGACCAAAUUUGCUAUUUCCUGCAAUCACAUGAGAAUGUUGAUGUUGUUGGCAGCAGGGGGGUAAUUUUACCCCCAAAGCAUUUCCCUUCACCGACACAUAUAGUUUAUAUUCCAGCGCUGUGAAGUAAAUCGUUUACUUGUAACAUUUUACCAGUGCUACAAUUUCUUGGUAGGUAGUCCUAACAUUACGCACAAUUCUACAUGAUAUGGAGCUCUGGGUUGAGUUGAACGAAAACUAAAUAUGACGACCAAAACGAAAGAGGAACCUUCAAUUAUAUUACUUUACGGUAAUUUGACACAAGUAUAGUCUAACGCCAUUACAUGAGAGGCAACUUCUCGGUUCUUCAAUGUGAAGACUCUCGGCCUAGAGGCAAAUCCAAUAGUCUAGCAAUUAGUGUCGCCACUCCAAUUGCACAUGAUACUGUCCCGUUGCAAAUAUUGCAAACAUAACUAUCUAAUCACACCUGUUUAAUUGGGAAACAAAUAACCCUUCUGGUUAAAUUACAUCUCAACUAAAUGCUGGCCUUUAGACUCGGAGUGCAUUGUAAUUCUCUUUCAACAAUGGUGUUACCAUAGUGCAGGGUAUGCGUGAAGAACGCUCUACGAAAUAUGUCGUUUUUCAAUACAACCGAAUAGUAUCCUCUCUCUCAUAUUCCCAAUGGGCCCGAUUCAGACUUAGGAAAUGUAUGCAUUUCCUCCCCAUUUCUCAGUAGUUGUUAUUCAGACAUGCCUUAUGAAGGUGUGUAAUUGGCUUUGCAGGCUGUGGUUCUCUUGCUCACACUGAAUACAUUUAAUUCAACCGCUGAAAACCAUGCCACUUGCUGGCCUAUAUAUUUUCUUGUGGAGUUUUCAUUCCAUAGGGUUUUCAGGACAUUUAUGAAAAUCCAUCCCUUCAAAUUUGGUGUAGCUUUAAUUUGCUCUACAGACUCACUAGAAUAUAUGGAGUGAACGUUCAGAAUAUUAGGGAUGAACGAAAGAUAGGCAUGUAAAUUCUUCUCCAUUCCAGCUCCGGUUUGUAGAUUUAAAUAUACCCUGAUCUUGUAUAUGAUGGGGGGUUAGGAAAGUAUCUAUGAAUAAUAAUAAUAAAAGCUAGUUUGGAGAUCCUUAAUGUAAGAAAUAUAUUGAUUAAUAAAA